UCCUCGAUUGUACGUGUUUCGAUGCAACUCCGCUCUCCGUCGCGCACUGCACCACGUCUCCAAGUGUGCCACGUUGACCGCAUUGUACGCUUUACACUACUGUAUAUGCGGCGCAGUGAGGGUGUCGACCCUAUUUACCUUCAGUGAAUUUGUGCUGCGAUCGGAGAGUUUAGUUUCUGUCUUAAUACGGCCUAAACUCAACCUUGGUCUUUCGUCCUCUCAGGAAACUAGCGUUUCGGUGGCGAACUUCCGCACACACGAACAGACACAACCAUGCAUCUCUUAAGUUUAUCCCUUUUAAUAUGUCUCUCCUCGUAUUCCUUUGCAAAAACCUACUUUAAAGAGGAAUUCAAUGAUAAAUCGUGGGAAGAUCGCUGGGUACAGUCCGAGCAUGCGGGCAAGGAAUUCGGUAAAUUCAAGCUGACAGCCGGUAAAUUCUUCGGUGACGAGAAGAUUAAUCAGGGCAUACAGACGUCUCAGGAUGCCCGCUUCUAUGCCGUCUCUUCCAAAUUCGAUGCCUUCUCCAACGACGACAAGCCGCUCGUCGUGCAGUUCAGCGUCAAACACGAGCAGAACAUCGACUGCGGCGGCGGCUAUGUGAAAGUCUUCGGCAAGGAUCUGGAUCAGAAGGAUCUGCACGGUGAAUCGGCUUAUCUGCUCAUGUUCGGGCCCGACAUCUGCGGACCGGGCACCAAGAAAGUCCACGUGAUCAUCAACUACAAGGGUCAGAAUCAUCUCAUCAAGAAGAACAUCCGCUGCAAGGAUGACGAGUACACCCACGUGUACACGCUGAUCAUCAACCCCGACAGCACAUACGUCGUCAAGAUCGACAACAAGGAGGAGGAGAAGGGCACGCUGGAGGAGGACUGGGAUCUGCUGCCGCCCAAGAAGAUCAAGGAUCCCAAUGCCAAGAAGCCCUCGCAGGACGAAUGGGACGAACGCGAGACCAUUGCCGAUGAGGCCGACACCAAGCCCGAAGACUGGGACAAGCCUCAGCACAUCCCUGAUCCCGAGGCCAAGAAGCCCGAAGACUGGGAUGAAGAGAUGGACGGCACAUGGGAGCCUCCCAAUAUUGAAAACCCUGAAUACAAAGGAGAAUGGAAACCCAAAGAUAUUCCCAACCCCGCCUACAAGGGUAAAUGGAUCCAUCCGGAAGUGGACAAUCCCGAAUACACACCCGACACCAGUCUGUACAAGCUGAAGGACAUUGGCGCCAUCGGCUUCGAUCUCUGGCAGGUGAAGUCCGGCUCGAUAUUCGACAACGUCAUCAUAACCGAUGACAUUGAGGAAGCCGCGAAGCACGCCGAAGACACAUGGGGUGCCACCAAGGACGAGGAGAAGAAAGCCAAGGAGAAGCAAGACGAAGAGGAGAGGAAGAAGGCCGAGGAAGAGUCUAAGAAGAACGCCGCUGAUAAGAAAGACGACGAUGAGGAUGAUGAUGAUAAGAAGGAUGAUGAUAAGGAUGAGCAUGAUCACGAUCAUGAUCAUGACCAUGAUGAGCUAUAAAUGCGGGAUAUCUUUGUUUUUAAUGGAUUUGUUUGCGAUCUUUCCAGCACCAAAAUGUUCAAAAGUGACAAGUUGCCUGCAGUCCGCGUAGCUUUCUGAUGUUUUUUUUGUUUGGGAUUCCAUCUCGAACGUGCCACCCACGCGUUGUUUGUUACUUGGUUUUUCUUCGUUUCACGACUUUUCUUUCUUUUUUGUUCUGUGUUUAUUCUCUGAUUGUUUUAUUUAUAAAUAGACUGACCGUAAUCCCGUGCUGAACAGACAGAGAAAACCUGGAAAAUAAAAAUAUGUUGACUGU